UUGGCGGAUGAGAAGGUCUCUCAGAGUCAUCUCUCCUUUGCCCACUUCUGUGGACUGUUCGGAUGCUCGCCGGGUGGGUCAAACACGUUUUAUAGAAGACCAGGCACCAAAGGCAGGCAGAAUGGCUUCAUUUGGGUGGAAGAGGAAAAUUGGUGAGAAGGUCUCAAAAGUCACUUCCCAGCAAUUUGAAGCUGAAGCUGCUGAUGAGAAGGAUGUAGUUGAGAAUGAUGAAGGGAACUGGCUUCAUGCCGUUAAACGUAGGAAAGAAAUUCUCCUUGAAGGCUGUGCUGAGAAAAGUAAGCAGUUGAAGGAUGAAGGAGCCAGUUUGGCUGAAAAUAAAAGAUAUCGAGAGGCAAUUCAGAAAUGGGAUGAAGCACUGCACUUAACCCCAAAUGAUGCUACCCUGUAUGAGAUGAAAUCACAGGUCUUAAUGUCUCUUCAUGAAAUGUUCCCAGCAGUACAUGCUGCAGAAAUGGCUGUCCAGCGAAAUCCACAUUCAUGGGAGUCUUGGCAAACUUUGGGACGUGCUCAACUUGGAUUAGGAGAGAUAAUCCUCGCAAUUCGAAGUUUUCAGGUAGCCCUUCACAUCUAUCCAAUGAACCCUGAAAUAUGGAAAGAAGACCUUUCUUGGGCAAGAACGCUCCAGGAGCAGCAAAAGGUAGCACAGAGGAUUAAAAAAAAUGAAACACCAGCUGAAGUAACACAUUUUUCACCAAAGUCAAUUCCUGACUAUGACUUUGAAAGUGAUGAGAUUGUUGCUGUUUGUGCGGCUAUUGCUGAAAAACAGAAGACAGUGUCAGCAAAUAAAACAAUGGUUAUUGUGUCGGCUUCUGGAACUGUAGAGACUGUAACAGAGAAGGAAGAUGGUGCUACACCACCAGAUGGCUCUGUUUUUAUCAAAGCCCGAUGAAGCAGUAUUCAUAGAGGAAUUAUUUGAAUCUAUCCUUUUGAUUGCCAUUAAAGUUUAGACAUAGGGGCAUUUACUCUGGAGAUAGAGGGCAAAACUGUUUAUAAAAUAAGUUUUUCAGGGGAGGCAUAUGAAAGCUAAAUAGAAUUAUUGUAUAGUGUUUGGAUUAUACUUUGAUAAGUUAUGAUUUAUACUACUUAAGAUUAGUAUUCUGAAUAAAAUGGCUUUUUUUGAUUAAUAAACUUAAUCUGAAUAUAUAAAUGAAUACAUUUUGAAGACACAACUUGAAAAAUGUAUUCUUGAGUAGUAAAUACAGGAAUGGCCAGUGGCAUUAAAGUAUUGAUUAGUUGACUUCUGUUUUAUGAUAAAGGAUGUGUGUGAUUUCUUUUCCUCCUAGAAAUAUACUGCUGUUACUAUUCACUCUUACAUUUAUUUUUUGCUUCAUAAGAGUAAGUCUGUCACAAAGCUUGAGUAUUUUUCACAUUCAUUUAGAUUCAAACUUGUCAGUUGGUUAUGUGUGGAACCUUUGAAAGUUUGGCUGAAAAUGUAUGCAAAUGUGUACAUUCUGAACAUUUUCUGAAGUUUCUCUUAAUUCUGAUUUGUGCUUCUGUUUGUUAUAGCAAUUGUACUUGUCUCCUUCAGUAUUUGUUAGAUGUGUGAAGUACUGAUACAAGUUAGAGUGAUGGUUUUAUUUUUUAAUUGUUACAGUACUGAGAGUAGUCCUUACCACAAGUGAGUCAUUUUUAAAAUGUGCUUUUUUAAAAUGAAUGACUUUUACAAUUUCAUCAUGACAAAUUGUACUGCUUCAUUAUCCCACUCAAAAUCAAUGUUUUCUUUAUUUUUAAAAGCUUUAAAAAUCCUAAAAACAACUUAAUUCUUUGCUUGUAACUUUCCAGCUGAUGAUUUGGAAUUACUUUCUCAUAUAACUUUUUUGGAACUUCUCAGCAAAAUGAAAAAUAAUUACAAUUUUAACUAGCUAAAUUAUAUCUUUCUAUUAGGGAUGUUAUUAUCAGAGUGCCAACGAGUAAGUAACUUAAGCAUAAAAAAACAAAAACAAAAACUAGAAAGUGAUUUAUAGUACAAUACCACGAGUAUGAGGAGAAUAUAUUAAAGAAAUAUUUUAUUGAAAGGCCAUAAUUACAUUCACAAAUUAAUACUAUCAUUGCAAAUGCGAAUUAUUAUUUUUAUACUAUAUAUUGUAGUACAAUUAUAUAGAACUGUUGGGUACUGUUACUUCUGAUACUCAGGAAGAUAUUUUUGGUGUAAAAUUAAUUUUUUUGUUACAAUGAAGGUAGGCUACUUUAGGUUAAGGGAUCCUAACACUGCUGGAGCAUGUAGGUAAUUGUGUACAUUUUUAUGAGGAUGAUUUUUAAAAAUUUGUUUUAGUGGAAUGCAUAUGUCUUUUUUUUCCAGAGUUGGAGAAAUCAGCACUUGCCUUGAAAAGUAUUGUAUUUUCCCCCUAAGUUAUAUCAUCAGAAAUUUAGCUCUGAUUAGGUCAGUUUUAAAGUUAUCUAAAAAAAAACAAACAUGUAAAUUAUUAUUAUUUUUUUUAAUGAGGUAUAUUCUUAAAUGGUAGAUAGGUAUCUAGAGAAGUGAGUACUCAACAUUUGGUACAGUGUUUUGAGUAAUGGGUGUUUGUUUAUUGUGUAAUUUGCGAAUAGUUUUUUCUUCCAUUUUGAAGAUUUUCCUAUUUUGUAUUGUUAGCAUUUGAAAAAUAAGAUUGAAUUACUUAAUUUUUUUUCUUAUGUGAAAAUAAUAUAUAUAAAGCACCUUGCAUGGUGCCUCACACAUGCAGUGUUCAGUAAAUGCUGGCUAUAUCUGUGAAGAAUUUGAAUUAGUUUGGAAAUAUUUAACCUCCAUUUCUUCUGACUUAGAACUUCUUUGUAAUACUUUCCUUAUCUGAAAGUGAGAAGUAACUGCUUCCAAUAUUAUAGGAUGGAUGGAUGGAUAUCAGUUGGGGAUUAUUCUUGGCAUGACAUCUAUGCCUCCUCCCCAGGACAGAGUGCAUGUAGCCACUAGACUGUUAAAAAACCUAAUGUUUUCUCUGUGUUGAUGUUGGUAGGCCAGGUUAGGCUCUUCCUUACUCAGAUAUAAGACAUAAAAUAGUUUAGACAUAAGAUGAAGGAGAAAAAGUAGUGAGUUAUGGAGAAGGGAGGCACUUCAUUUCUUCAAGCCCCAAAAGAUGCUUAUUUUAGCUAACACUAUUCUAUGUAUAAAGAAAAAAAUGCAUCCAUUACUUUACAAGGAUGUGAACACUGAUAUACAAAUAUUUCCCAAGUUUGUUAAUUGUAACAACAAACCUUUAUGAAUCUGAAGAAAAAUAAUUGAUGUUCAUGAUAAUGACAUAAUUAUAGAUGUUUAAUAUACUUUCUGAAAUAACACUGUUUAUUGUUCAAAUUAUGCUUAAUAUAAUUAAAUUAUUCUUGUUUGAAAAUUGUAUGACAUAGACACUCAUUAAUCAGAACAGUACACAUUUAGACCAUGCCUGAUGACCUGAGAAUCAUAUAUUAUUCUCUAGAAAAUAGGUUCUCCUCUUAGUUUAUCUUAAAUUUGCUAACAAAUGCUACAUAAACAUUGAGAAGUCAUGCAAGUUAUGGAUCACAGAAUCAAUAUCUACUGCAACUUGGCCUGUGUACAUAAUUUGUGGUCGUGAUUUAAGUAUGAAAAUCUUUUAAAAUGAUGUUUGAUGGCAAAACUAUAAUGAAGACUUGAAAUAAAAAAAAAAACUUUCAGAAA